CCCGGCUCCUUAUCACUUCCCUCGCUAGCGGGAACACCACCGCCUUCGUUUUUCAUCCAUAUUGGAUCUCCGGUUCCCGGCGAGCGGUGGCACUCGAGGGAACUUCGAAGGAGAGAAAGGGAGAUGGUGGCUCUAGCCGGGAACGGCCUGGCCAGGAUGCUGGCAGCGCUGGCGGCGGCGCUCUUCAUCCGCUUCAUCACUAGCCCUGGCCCUGCACUGCCUCCGCCUAACGAUGACCCGGAAUCCGGCUCCACCGAUAUCAACGGUGAUGAGGAGGAAUCCACUGGAGAGGUCUCUCCGGUGACCAUACGCUGGAACCGCAUCACCUGUUUCAUCUCCGACAAGCGUGGGAAAUCAGUUAAAUUUCUGCUAACAAAUGUGAGCGGGGAGGCAAAGCCUGGAAGAUUGCUUGUGAUCAUGGGGCCCUCGGGGUCGGGGAAGACCACAUUGCUGAAUGUCCUUGCAGGACAGCUUGCAGCUUCAACCCGGCUGAGUCUUUCAGGACAUUUAGAUGUUAAUGACAAGCCUAGAUCAAGCAGAACUUAUAAGAUUGCUUAUGUGAGACAAGAGGACCUUUUCUUUUCACAAUUGACAGUCCGAGAGACACUCUCACUUGCUGCUGAACUGCAGCUUCCAGAUAUAACUUCUCCAGAGAUGAGAGAUGAGUAUGUUGGGAAACUAUUAUUCCGAAUGGGCUUGAUCAACUGUGCCGAUUCAAUUGUUGGUGAUGCCAAAGUUCGUGGAAUAAGUGGCGGUGAAAAGAAACGACUGUCACUUGCUUGUGAAUUGAUUGCAAGUCCCUCUGUCAUAUUUGCAGAUGAACCAACAACAGGUCUGGAUGCAUUUCAGGCAGAGAGGGUUAUGGAGACUCUUCGGCAACUUGCCCAAGAGGGACAUACUGUGAUUUGCUCCAUACACCAGCCCAGAGGUUCAAUAUACAGUAAAUUUGAUGACAUUGUGCUAUUAUCUGAAGGUUCAGUUGUUUAUGCCGGUCCUGCAAAAGAAGAGCCUUUGUUAUAUUUCUCUAAAUUUGGGUAUCAGUGUCCUGACCAUGUGAACCCGGCUGAAUUUUUGGCAGACCUAAUAUCAGUUGACUAUAGCUCUGCAGAAACUGUGCAUCUAUCCCAGAAAAGGAUUGAUGAUCUUAUUGAAGCGUUCUCUAAUCAUGCCCCUGUCAUACAAUGUGUGAGUCCAGUUGGGGAGUCGAAGGAGUAUACCCUUCCAAAAAGAUAUGGGAAAAAAACUAUAGUGAAGCGGAAACAAGGUUGGUGGAGGCAGUUUUGGUUGCUUCUUAAACGUGCAUGGAUGCAGGCUUUGCGUGAUGGCCCCACAAACAAGGUGAGGGCAAGAAUGUCUGUUGCAUCCGCUGUUAUAUUUGGAUCCGUCUUUUGGCGAAUGGGAAAAACUCAAGCAUCAAUCCAAGACAGAAUGGGGCUUCUUCAGGUGGCUGCUAUUAAUACUGCAAUGGCAGCGCUAACAAAGACCGUAGGUGUGUUUGCCAAGGAGCGGGCAAUAGUUGAUAGAGAACGGGCCAAGGGGUCCUAUACACUGGGGCCGUAUCUUUUGUCUAAAUUGAUUGCUGAAAUUCCCAUUGGAGCAGCAUUCCCUCUAGUAUUUGGGACAAUUCUCUACCCCAUGGCUCGUCUCAAUCCUACAUUCUCAAGGUUUGCAAAGUUUUGCGGCAUCGUGACAGCUGAAUCUUUUGCUGCAUCUGCCAUGGGUCUCUCUGUAGGAGCUAUGGUUCCUACAACUGAAGCAGCAAUGGCUCUGGGACCGUCUCUCAUGACUGUUUUCAUUGUCUUCGGAGGCUAUUAUGUCAAUGCUGAAAACACACCUGUGGUCUUCAGAUGGAUUCCUCAAGUAUCUCUAAUACGAUGGGCCUUUCAGGGACUUUGCCUCAAUGAGUUCCAUGGCCUUCAGUUCGAGCAACAAAAUUCAUUCGACAUUCAGACUGGAGAACAGGCAUUGGAGAGGCUUUCCUUUGGAAACAGCAGCAUUAAGGACACAAUGGUGGCACAAGGAAGGAUUCUAAUGUUUUGGUAUUGGACUACUUACCUUCUUCUCCAGAAGAACAAACCAAAAUACCAGCAACUUCAAGCUCCCCCGCCUGAACAACAUCAGCAAUAUCAUAAUAAUUACUGAAACUAUUUAGUACUUUAAUCGUCGACAUGAUGUAAUUUUAUGGAAGUUAUAAUAGUUUAAUUACUAGCAGAACUGAUUGUUCCAACUUCCAAGCAAUCAAGAUCCAGUUUAGUUGUAAUUUCAGAUUUAAAUUUUGUAAACUUCGUCACAAGUUAUGUUAUAUGCCAAAAAUUUUAUAA